CUCACGGGCACGGUCCCAGCGCCAACGCAGCCCGCCGGCAGACGCGCCAGAAGGAGAAGGAGCGAGGCCGUUCCCUGCGCAUCCCCGCAGCAUCAUGACUCUCCAGGCUGACUUUGAUGGUGCUGCAGAAGAUGUAAAAAAAUUAAAAACAAGACCAACUGAUGAAGAACUGAAGGAACUGUAUGGAUUCUACAAACAGGCUACUGUUGGAGAUAUUAAUAUUGAAUGUCCGGGAAUGCUAGAUUUGAAAGGCAAAGCCAAAUGGGAGGCAUGGAACCUGAAAAAAGGUUUAUCAAAGGAGGAUGCCAUGAAUGCCUAUAUCUCUAAAGCAAGAGCAAUGGUAGAAAAAUAUGGGAUCUAGAAUAUUCAAAAUAAUUCCCACUACUACUUAACUCCUCAGUAGCUAAUGAACUAACUCUGUUGAGAAAAAUGCAAUACUAACUCCUCAGUGAGGUCUGACACUAAUAUCUUCUAAGCAUAAGCUGUUUGACUGUAAAGGGUAUCUACAUAUAUAAUCUAUUUCUAGCUUGUAUAUGAAUCUAAAUAAAUUUGAACUGAAUAAAUGAA